ACUUCUUCAAGUGUAUUUGUGGUUAUUUUUUCUUUGCCUUAAAUGUUGCAGUACAAAAUCUUCCAUUGACACUCACUGACGGUUCGGACAGAGAGUAGGUCAGCCGGUGACUGACGAUGUCAGACGGCCGUACUAGUGGCAGCACUAGCACCUGCCUGGUCGAAGUACUUCGAUUGAUUGCUGUUUUGUGUCCGGCCUUGAACGUUCUCCAUCUCUCUUUGUACGUAAGAAUCCCCGUAUUCGCAUGCCUUCCGGAAGGCAGUACUAGGUUUGAGUAUAAAAUUAUGGGCUUGUCUAACUCUGUCACAGCCGCACCAUCCGCUAUCCAAGGCCUUCCGCCUUCUGGGACGUAUCGCAUCCAGAAUCUAGCUACUGGUCUCUACAUCGAUAAUAAAGACCGCAAACAGGGCGCAGGGACUCCUGUCAUUGUUCAGACUCUCAACUACCCGUUGAGUUCGAACCAGGAGGUACUAAGCCACUUUCCCCCUACCCCUGGGAUUGUUCUCAAUUCUAACUUCCUUCUUGAACUCAACCCUACCACACAAACUGAGUUCCAGAUUGUCCCUGCUCCAGGUGGAUUCACCAUUUGCGGCUUUCCGGGAGGUUUUGGAUGUCUAACGUCGCCUUCGACUCCCAUUACUCAGAUCCCAGUCCAGAGUUUCACAGGUGCAGACAACCAAAUUUGGAUGUUCCAUCCCAUUUAAGUACUAUCUGUAUUGGGAGAUGGAAGCUCUCCAUGAAACGAAGGGGACUACGGGAAAUGUCUAAUAGGGUGGUGGAGUUCCGAUGCAAGAGAUCGGCACCACUGUCGUCGUCUUGAGGCUCUGUCGUACUACAUACAGUAAUUGCAAUCUGACAGACAUCAUUCAGUACAGAGUGGUUGCUGUUCCGCUCCAUCAAGACCUAUAUGUGCACUUCAAGAUACCUUUCUAGCCGCCAAUUAUCAGCUUC